AGUAAGGAAUGGAGGGAGGAAACCUCGGUGCUGUGGUCCUCCCACCUGAUGCCUGACUAUAAGACUGCAGGUCUCCUGAAGUCAGUCCACACAGACAGGAUGCACUGCUCAUGCUGCCGCUCUGCCAGGCCACAGACACUGAGGGUGAUGUGUGCCCGGAUGUGUGUGUUCUACUCUGCAAUGUGUCUGGCAGGCUGGCCGCUGUCCUCAGAGGCAGCCAGACUGCGCUGUGGUUCUGAUCUCCUCAGCGACCUCAUAUUUGUGUGUGGGGAUCGAGGAAUCUAUUUAGGUAAAGGCACAUGGUCUGGAUAUGGUGCACGGCCCAGAGGGAAGGGGAUAGUGGACCAGUGCUGUCAGCCAGCUGGCUGUGAACUUCAGCAUCUGGAGAUGUACUGUGCUAAACCAAAAAGCCUGCAGCACACCACAGCUUACCCAGCCACAACCACAGCAUCUCAUACCACUACACAGCUAGACACGGCACAGCAGUUCCAAGCAGUGUUUCAGAAGAAACUCUUGGAGCACCUGGGGACUCCCAACAGUCCAAAGAGAGAAGCUUACAGAAAAAAAACACAGCCUUCACUUCGUCGGAAAAGCAAAGUUUCAUCAUCACGCAGGAAGAAUAACACAAAGAACACAACCAGCAGGCCUCCUUCUGCCUUUCAGAGUCCCCUUCAAAGAUUGAUUCAAUUUGAAUCAUGACCUUUGACCUUGUGAAAAGCUGAAAUUGAGACUGGAGCCAGCAGAUUUUAAAGACUAAUGCCAACUGGUUUGACCCUGAAGACAUUCUCUGCCAAGUACACAGUGGUCAAAAGUGGCCAAGCUACGCAGCACACAAACUGGCAGCAAUAUUGGAGGUUCUCAGCUGAGGAAGAAAGUAGACAAGAGAAGUUUUGACACCUUCUUGUACUGGCCCUUGGAUCUCAAUGGAAUGUCAAUGAACCUUUCUUUCAUGGAAUUUUCAGGAACAGAGUGUCAUUGUGUGACUGAUGUGUAAUUAUAACUGUUCUUCCUUAUCUAUGAUUUCCACACAGACUCUUUUCUAAUGACACCUUGUAAUAUUUCUAGGUUUAAAUGUGUCUGUAAUAGCCAUCUCUGGACUAGAAAGGUUGACAGGUCAAAUCUAAUAGCUGUCUACUUGACUUGGAUUCAAUCUAUUAAUCCACUGAUCUAGUCUUGGUCUUGGAAAAUGUUUUUUGUUACAGGCUACUACAUGUUUAACAAAACACAAUACUAUAUUGUUUACUAUCUGUGUUGGAAAAAAUAGAGUGAGGCACAAUACAUUUGAUUUUUAGUAACUUGCCUUAAUUACAAUCUUGUUUGUAUACAUGUUAUUUGUACUUCUUGAACUGAACCAAGUAAUGCCAGUUUCACUCCAGCUCUCCAUUAGCCCUGUAACACGGCAGCAACUUGUGAUAUGUAAAUAUGUAAAUGACAUAUUGUAUGAAACAUACCUUUAAGUCUGUGCAGUGUGGAAUACAGUGCUCUAUUUUUUAUUAUGUGUGUUUGGGACAGACAUUAGCAGGGCAGAAUGCACUGACCAAAUCUUGUGUAUUUAUUGAAUGAUUUUCAAGUUCUAUCUAUUAUGGUUAUACAGACUUUUAUUUUUAUUUGAGACUAUAAGUGUUAAUUAUUUCAAUUUCUGAGUAUUAUUUGUUUUCUGUAAAACACUUUUAAUGCAUUCAUUAUUUAUUUGACUGUGACAACAUAUUCCUAUUAUUAAUAAACAUAUGAAUAAAAGAUUGUUGUUGUUAAGACUAAGCCACGCAGGAUAAAGGACAAGAAAGAGA